AAAGGUUGAACAUCCCCGCAAAACCCCUAGCCCCCAAAACCCCAGCGCACCCAAUAGCAGAGAGAGCAGAGAGAAGCAAAAAUGGGGAAAAUAAGCUACAAGAAGCUAAAAGGAAGCCAAAACCUAAGGCAACGUCUCGUAUUGGCUCUGCUUUCGUCUACACCGGUUCAUAUCGAGGACAUACAUGCAGAGGAGACGUGGCCUGGUCUCCGUCCUCACGAGGUCUCCUUCAUCCGCUUGCUCGAGAAGGUCUGCGAUGACUGCUCCGUCGAAAUCAACGAUACUGGCACGAAAUUGAAGUUCAAGCCGGGGAUCGUGAUGGGCGGGAGGAAUCUGGUGCACGAAUGCUCUCUGAGUCGGGCUAUUGGUUAUUACUUGGAGCCAUUGAUUGUGCUUGGUCUCUUUGCCAAAAAACCCCUGAACAUUACGCUUAAAGGAAUUACAAAUGAUUCAAAGGACCCAUCUGUUGAUACGUUCCGGUCUACUACCUUGCCCAUGUUAAAACACUUUGGAGUUCCCUCAGAAGGGUUGGACCUAGAAAUACUGAGUCGUGGAUCUGCUCCUCAAGGAGGUGGUGAAGUGUUGUUGUCAGUUCCGGUUGUUCAAAGUCUAACAGCAGUUACCUGGACUGAUGAGGGGAUGGUUAAGAGGAUUAGAGGGAUUACAUUCUCUACAAGAGUGGCUGUGCAGUUUGAAAAUACCAUGGUAUAUGCAGCUCGUGGAAUCUUUAAUCCCUUUCUCCCAGAUGUUCACAUAUUUACCGACCAUAGACAGGGCACGCAAGCUGGAAAAUCACCUGGUUAUGGAAUUUCAUUGGUUGCGGAAACAACUUCUGGUUGCUGUAUCUCUACUGAUACAGCAGUUUCCUAUUCACGUCAGGAAGAAACAGCUGAGCUUGAAGAUGAGGAGAAGAAAGAGCUGAUGUCUCCUGAGGAUGUUGGUGUGCAAAUGGCUACUGUUCUGCUCGGGGAGAUUGAGCAGGGUGGAGUGGUAGAUUCAACACACCAGGGUUUGUUGUUUCUUCUUUGUGCAUUAUGUCCACAAGAUGUUUCAAAGGUUCGUGUUGGAAAGCUUUCUCCUUACGGGAUAGAAACUCUCAGAAACAUCAAAGAUUUUCUCGGAGUUACAUUUGUCAUCAAACCUGACCCAUCCACAGGGACUGUUAUACUUAAGUGUGUGGGAUCUGGGUUUAGGAACCUAUCUAGAAGGAUUUCAUGAUAGUCACAGUACCAGGUAUAUGAUUUUCUCUGUAUUGGCGGGUGUGUUUCUUGUGUGCCAAAGAAUAUUCAAGAGGCAUUACAUGCAUCAGCAGUGGAGGGAUACCAUAUAACGGCUUUAUACGUUUUGCUAUGCAAUUUUGAUGCAAUCCUAUAAGCUCCAGGGAUAAGUUUUGGUAUUUUUUUGACUCAUUAAUUAAGAUUUUGUUGACAAUCUACUCAAAUUUGAUGCAUGAAGUAUGCUAAUACAUCAUUAUUGUAAACGUAGACAAUCUACUCGCCCAAGCAGAAUUGAAAUGCAUUGACUAUACAUGUUACAA